AUGGGUACAACACGCAAUCGGUUUCUCGUUGUAGAAUUACUGAAGGUCAGACGACAAUCAUAGUCGACAUCACAAGGAAGGAGAUUACGCUACCAUAUUUUGCCAUAUUUUUUACCAUAUUUUGCCCUUKUCGUUGCAUUCUCUUCCCGGGUUAAACGAACAGACUUCUGUAUCGUCAAAAUUAUUAAUAAAACUACAUAACAAAGAUGUUUUCAAUAUUCCCACUAUUAUCAGAGGGAAUACAGGCACUCCAUUUCAGCCUUACAAGUGGAAAAAAGGUUGAGGAAAUAAUAAGAAAAUAUGAUUUACCGAAAGAGUCUCUUGAAGAAGUCAUACGUUUACUCAGACUUGAUAUGGAGAAAGGACUUUCAUCAGACCCUAAAGUUCAAGCAGAAAGCCCCAUCAAGAUGUUGCCAACAUUUGUGAGAGCAAUCCCCAAUGGGUCAGAGUCAGGAGACUUCUUAGCACUUGAUCUUGGGGGAACCAACUUUCGAGUCCUACUUGUUCAGAUAUUGCAUGGAAAUGUUCAUAUGGAAAGUGAUGUUUUCCCAUUAAAUCAAACACUCAUGCGAAGUGAUGCCGUCACAUUAUUUGAUUAUAUUGCAGACUGUAUUUCGUUAUUUGUAAAAAGGAAAGGAAUCAAAGAAAAAACUCUCCCUCUUGGGUUCACAUUCUCCUUUCCAGUCCAACAACACAGCCUUGUWUCAGGAGACUUGAUUCGAUGGACCAAGGGAUUCAGUGCUGAAGGYGUUGAAGGGAAAGAUGUUGUUUUGCUGCUUAAGCAAGCAUUGGAAAGAAAACAGAGUCAUGCUGUUGACGUUGUGGCCUUGGUUAACGAUACAACAGGAACAAUGAUGUCAUGUGGAUUUGAMAACAGAGAUGUGAUAGCUGGUCUUAUUCUUGGUACUGGUACAAAUGCAUGUUACAUGGAGAACYUAGACAAAAUAGCUAAGUGGACUGGUGAUAACCUUGAUCCACGUGAAGUCAUUAUCAACACAGAAUGGGGUGCUUUUGGGGAUAAUGGGGUACUCGGCUGGCUAAUGACAGACAACGAUAAGAAAGUUGAUGCUGAAUCGCUAAAUCCUGGACAGCAGCUCUUUGAAAAGAUGAUUUCAGGAAUGUACCUAGGAGAACUUGUCCGUCAAGUAUGUUUAGAACUUGUUGAUAAAGGCUUGUUGUUCAAUGGAAAAGCUUCAAAGAAAUUGAUCACCAAAAUGUCAUUUUUGACUAAAUUUGUGUCUGACAUUGAAAGUCAUGACAACUCCAAGCUACUGGAAGUACUGAAAGAACUUGAUAUUCAAGCUACACAAAAAGACCAAGAGAUCCUUGGGAGAGUCUGUACAGCUGUAUCAAAAAGAGCAGCCCGUCUUGCAGCGGCCGGCUUAGUAACAAUAGUUUUAAAAGCGAACAAUCCUACUUGCACUAUUGCUGUUGAUGGCAGUGUUUUCAAAUUACAUCCUCAAUUUAAAAGCUACAUGCAAGACGCCAUCAAAGAAUUGAUGCCUGCAAGUGAAAUCAAGUUGAUGCUGUCUGAAGAUGGCUCAGGAAAAGGUGCUGCAUUGAUUGCCGCAGUUGCUGCUAGAAUCACCAAGCUACAAUCAUGAAUGAUUAGCAUAUAGAAAAUGGGGACACUAUGGAUAUGUUAUCAGACAUUCCUAAAGCCCUGUUCAAGAAUAUAGUUUGUUUGUACACAAUUAGUCACAGGUUUUAUGGCAAAAACAAUGUACAAUAUCACCUCCUGUAGUCUCACCUCAGGAAUGUCAUAACCUAUAAUCAUGAAAUGGCUGUAACAUAUUUUAUCCAUGAUAUUAUGAAUAGGCAUGACCAUAAAAAACAAUAUGUACUCACUUGACAAUAAACUCAGUGUUUGCAAGA